AUGAGUGAAUUCGAUGCGGAGAACAAAGUCAAGAUUGCCAUGAUUGCUACAAUGGACGAACAGCACUCCACAGGCACAACUCCCAACAGAGGCAAAGCACGUCUGUCAUCAGCCAUCAAAGCACCUAACCCAUCGAAAAGGGGACAUGACGAGACCACCAGCACUCCCAAACGCACCCCACGAUCAGCCAAACGAUACGAACGGGAAAACCGAGACACGCUGGAAUCACCGCUCAUAGAACGCAUUCGGAGUCUUAAUAAAGUGCCUGGGCGAGAAGACCGCAAUUCACUCGACAACAGCGAGAACAUCGAACCCAGCACAUUGAACUUCAACCAGUUUGCCAGUCCAAUGAGGAAACCACAAACGCCUAUGAACGCAGCCAAGGCAAGGUGGGCAAUUGCAUAG